AUGGUCCUUCUGUUAUUCUCUGUAUCACGAGAAGUUCGUGUGCGCGAUUCAAGAACAGAAGGUACAAACGAAUGCUGCAAUCGCCAGUAUUGCAGGACGUCCGUGUUCGCAGAAACGGUCGGUGAAUAUCUGGUACCGAGUUUCUUCAAGUCAAUAACUGAGGUAGUACAACAAUUCUAUAAAGAUAAGACAAGCGGGAAAAGAAGCCAUCGAGGUGUAAGUCAGGCACUGAAAAGAAGUGUGAAAACCUUCCACAAAACCCUCAUAGAGCGAUGGCGAUUUUAUAGAAAACUAACUGAGGAACAGCCUAUUAGCCACAGUUUAAGAACAGAAGAAAUUACAGAUUUUUUUGCCACGAUGUGGAAUUUGAAAAUUGGAGAUAAUGACAAUCGAUACGAUGAAUAUCUGGAAGAAUUCGUUCCAGAUUAUACUUUCGCGUAUGAAGCCGAAUUUUACUGUCGAAAACGUAUUAGCUGCGCAGAAGGCGCUGUUGUAUAG